AUGAGUGUAUUCCUGGUUGAGUUCCGAGAAUAUUUUCACGACGGAGCAGGAAAGACUGCCCUGGUCGCAUCUUUUAUGAUGGGUGUGAGAGGUUUUUCUGCACCUUUGAUCAGUAUUUUGGAUAAUAAAUUUGGUUCGAGACCAUUAAUUAUUAUCGGAGGGAUACUGUCUACAAUUGGACUAUUUAUGAGUUCAUUUGUCAACAAUGUUACUGUAUUAUUUCUAAGCUAUGGUGUUCUAUCAGGAAUUGGUUUCGGUUUUCUAUAUGGACCAAAUGUUGUGAUUGUAGGACAAUAUUUCCAUAAACACCAUGUCUUAGCCAAUGGUGUCGUCUUCGCUGGUACUGCUACAGGAUUAAUGGCAUUCCCUCCUCUAUACCACAUAUUAAUUGAUACAUACGGAUGGAGGGGAGCAAUGAUUGUAAUGGCUGGAAUUAAUAUGAAUAUUGUUGUGUGUGGAAUGUUAAUGAGACCACCGCCAACCGAAGAUGUGUACAUCAGGCAAACACACAGGCCAGAAUCAAAGUCUUGUGGGGAAGAAUAUUUGGAAGAAACGGAAUACAAACAAAUCAUAGAUGACUGUGAAACCAGUGACUAUGAACUUCAAGAAGCCAAUGAAAUACAAGCUUUGUUGAAUGGAAAAAUAUCAAAACCAUACAUCAACAAACUAAGUGACGUGCUAGGGUUGCAACUAUUUAAAAAGUCCUGGUUCUGGAUAUUAUGCAUCUCAGGAACAAUAAGUGGAAUUGGUCAUAAUACAGCAAUGAUGCACACUGUGUCCAAAGCCGUGUCUGUGGGAAUAGCCAAGCUGGACGCUGCAUUUUUGAUGACAAUCAUGGGAGCAUGUUCAUUAAUUGGAAGAGUCAUGCAUGGUGUUUUUAUUGAUAUUGGAAAUAUUUCUCCAGUGUUUAUCACAUCAGUGUCGUGGCUUGUAUGUGGUAUGCUGACAUUGUUCAUUACACUUGUUUCUAAAGAUAACUAUGUAUUGUUUGCUAUAAUAUCAGCAAUAUAUGGAAUAUUCAGUGGCACAGCAUUGUCUCUGCAUGGUUCAGUCUGUAUGAAAGACUGUCUUGGUGGUGAAGUUUUAUCAUCUUCAGUUGGAUGGUAUUUGGCCAUUUCCAGUAUUGGUUUUACAGCUGGACCACCAAUUGGAG